AACGUCUACAACUUGUAAUUCGCUGAUCAAAGACAUGAUUGGUGAAAAAUUUACCCAAUUAGGAAAAGUGCACUCAUCUAAAAGCCGAGGGCCGUUGAAAAGAGAAAAUGUGCGAUGCACUGCUCCAAGUCAAUAACUUUCAAUAUUAGAUUAAUCAAUAGAAACCACUUAGGUAGACUCGUUCAUUUUGUAUUCGGAAUCGUCCAUAAAGCAAAUGCUCUCCACCCAAAAAGCAUAUGCUCUCCAUCCGACCCUUUUCAUUUGUUUGUCUUGAUCAUUUUGUGCAGCAGGAGGGCACCCUCUCUUCACUUUUGCCUAUCAGGCUUCCAUGGAGAAAGGGCAAAGCUUGAGCAAGGCAAACAAAGCAAUGCUUGUUGCGGAAGAAAAAGAGAGCACUGAGGGAGCAUCCUCUCCUUCAUCCUUCCUUCCGAAACCCACUAAAGGAGGUAGCAGUCGAUACGACGUAUUCUUGAGCUUUAAUAGCUCAGAUACCCGAAAGGAAUUCAUCGAUCACCUGUACCACGGACUCGGUACUGCAGGAAUCUGCGUGUUCAGGGACUGUAACAGCAUCCGAAUUGGCGAGGAAUUUAGUCCAGUGUUUCUUGAUGCCAUCACAUGUUCUAAGAUUUCUAUCCCCAUCAUCUCUGGACAUUAUGCUUCGAGCAAAUGGUGCCUCCGUGAGCUUAUUCAUAUCAUGGAUUGCAAGAAGAGCAAUUCACAUAUAGUUCUGCCCAUUUUUUACAAAGUGGACCCAUCAGAUGUGCGGCAUCUAAAAAGAAAUUUUGGGGAGGCCUUUCAUUCGCAUAAGCAUUGUUUUGAUGAGAAAGAUAUUGAGGAAGGGCGACAAACACUUAAAGAUGUGAGUAACUUACAUGGAUGGAAAUCCGAUGAAUUUGCUAGCGGGCAUGAGGGAGAACUGAUAGAACGUGUUGUCGAAACUGUUCUAGGAGAGUUACGAAAAGAUUUUCCUCUACUUGUUCCGGAGGAACUAGUUGGACUUGAUGAUCAGUUGAAGAAGAUUAUGAGUUACAUGGAUAGUCCUUAUGCCAUAGCUCGAAUGCUGGGAAUUUAUGGCAGGGGCGGGAUAGGCAAGACAACUCUUGCCAAGUGCAUCUACAAUCAACUCUCGAAUAAAUUUGAUCAUGUCUGCAUCCUUCCAGAUAUUCGAGAAACAACCGCGCGCCAUGGUAUUGAGUAUCUACAGAGUCGACUAAUAUUUGAGAUACUACAAGAAAAAAAUGCAGUGUCUACAGUUGAUUUGGGAAUUAACUUAAUCAAAUCUAGAUUCACAAGGAAAAAGGUUCUCAUUCUUUUGGAUGAUAUAGAUCAAAAGGAUCACCUGGAUGCUUUGGCUAGAGAACGUAACUGGUUUGCUUCAGGAAGUAUUAUAAUUGUUACAACUAGAAAUAAAGCUGUUCUUGAUCAAUCUGAAUUCGAGGUAGACUACGAGCAUGAAAUGAGCAUGAUGAAUGAGGUGCAUUCUUUCAUUUUAUUCAACAGACAUGCAUUUCGAACAGAACAUCCUUCAAGUGACUUUGCAAUUAUAUCUCGUCAGAUCAUAUCCAUUCUUGGUGGGCUUCCCUUGGCACUUAAGGUUAUAGGUUCAUACUUGUAUAAAAAAACAAAUCCAAAGGUUUGGGAUGAUAUGCUGAGACAAUUAAAAAACCAAGCAUAUGAAGACGUCCAAAACAUAUUGAAGAUAAGUUAUGAUGCAUUAGAAUAUGAACAUAAGGAGAUUUUCCUCGAUAUUGCCUGUUUCUUUAUUGACAAAAAGAUUGAAUUUGCUAUGUACAUGUGGGACGACUAUAAGUUUUAUGCAAGUCAAGGAAUUGAAGAGUUGAAUCUGAGGUGCUUGAUAAAAAUUGAAGAUGAUGGUAAAUUAAGCAUGCAUGAUCAACUGAGGGAUCUUGGAAGGAGCAUUUUCCACAAAGGACAAUCACUCAUGAAACAUAACGGACUAUGGGUUGACGAGGAAGCCUUCAAAGGACUGAUGGAAAAGAAGCGUACGGCAAUGAUAGAGACGAAUCGUUGCGACGGAUUCUUAGUUUAUCCAUUUUUAGAUUGUGGGGCCGCUGAACAGCUACAGGCACGCACAAAUUGGCAAUUUAGAAUGUCACAGAGGUUAAGGUUCCUUCGAUUGGGGGACACGACCGCAAGUGAAGACUUAAACGAAUUCCUUUCUCAAGUAAGGUGGCUUCAUUGGCUUCACAUUGAACUCAAUCCAUCUUUUCCGACAAACGAUUUGCAUCUACCAAAGUUAAAGGUGUUGCAAUUGUCAUAUAGUUCGAUCACAGAUGAUUGAAAGGAUGGAAUUCAAUCGUGGUGGCAAAGCGGUUGCAAGUUAUCCAACUUGAAUUUAUUGAUUCUUUAAGAUGUACACUUGAUCUCUCGGCUUUCAUAGAGUUAAAAAUUCUCAUCUUCAAGAAUUGCAAAGAACUGAUGCAGGUCCACCCUUCUAUUGGCAAAGUCAAGAGCCUUGUUUACUUGGAAUUGAGUGGUUGUGGCAGUCUCAAGGAGCUACCGAGAGAAGUGGGCGAAUUAGAAGAACUACGAGAACUUAUUUUAGAUAAUUCUGGUAUUACAAAGAUUCCUACGUCAAUUGGUUCUCUGAGGAUGCUAGAGAAGUUGAGUGCUUGUUGUAGGUCAUUGAGAGAAAUCCCUAACUCAAUUGGGGAUUUACAGUAUUUGCAAUAUCUAGACAUUAGUGUGUCUUUGAUAUCCGACCUACCAGAAAGCAUUCGGAAUCUUUCUUCUCUCCAACACCUUGCACUAUGGAACUGUUACAAUCUUCGGUCGUUACCAGAGCUUCCUUUGAGCUUAGAAUACCUAAGAACUUCUUAUCAAGGGCUUGUAUUGCCAGAGCUUUCUUACCUAAUCCACCUAGAAAGACUUGUUCUUUCAUGGAAACAAUCCACUUGAAUAAAUCUCAAUCCUUCAAGACCUUGAAUCUUCAUGUUGCCUCAACUAAUUUGUAGAGGCGACAAAGCAGCAAUUAUAAGGGAAACAAGCUGGAGCAAGGAGAACAAGAAUUUGCUAGUUAGUUUCUAUCCUGUUUGAUCCUGUUGUGGCCAUGGCAUAAUACUAUCACGUGAUUGAUCUGGGUCUGGCUAACUUUGUAGAGGAACUUCAAAUUUCAUAACAGAGACCCAUCAAAAAAAAAAAAAAAUUUCGGCCGAAAAUGAA